AUGGCGUCUACAGAGUCACUUGAGGGGUCGGAAGCUCACACAACAGCGAACCUGGCCAAGAUCCUGCCCUCCGAAGAAAACACCUACACGGUAUUCGAGAAGCGCAUUCUGAUGCCGGACGGUAUCCAGUUGGCCGCCGACUUCUACCAGCCCGAUCUUCCGGCAGAUGGCAAGCCCCACGGGCUCAUCUACGUCCUCGGUCCGUAUGGCCGCAAAGGUGUGAUGGCCCUCCUUAACGCGAAGUGUUUCGCUGCCCGUGGAUAUAUGGUCCUCUUCGUCAGCUGUCGCGGCACGGCCGGCUCUGAAGGGACCUUUGUAGCGGCUAUGACCGAACAGGCAGACUCACAGGCCGUCGUCAAGUGGAUGCGCGAGCAGCCGUGGUACCCGGGCAAGUUCGUCACAUUCGGGCCGAGCUACCUGGGCUACGUGCAGUGGGCGUUGCUGCGAGAUCCGCCCGAGGACCUUAUCGCGUCGGUGAACCUGUGCAGCGUGUACGACCAUUCCCUGCUUGUCUGGGCCAACGGGGUGUAUCGCAUGGACCGCAUCUCUUGGUCCUACAUAGUUGCAAGGCAGGACGAGAUCAAUGGCGGCGGAGUCUCGAGCAUACUCGACCCCAGGAAGCUGAAGUCCGUCAUCGAGGCUACGCCCCUCUUCGACGCGACGGAGCGCUUCUUCGACGGGAAGGCACCGUACGUGUUGGAGUUCAUGACUACUCCGAACGUCGAUGACCCUUUCUGGGCUCGGUGCAAGCACCGCGCAGCCCUGGAUCUCGUCAACGUCCCCUUGCUCCUGCGAAGUGGGUGGUACGACACUUUGACCGUCCAGACCCUGGCAGCGUACGCUCACGCGCGCGACCGUGGCAUCAAGGUCUACCUCACCGUCGGAUCAUGGACGCACAUCGAAGCCUGUGGAUCGAAUGCGAUGCCAGAAGUCUUCGACUUCCUGGACGAGUACGUCGUCGGCCGGAAAAAGGAUCACCGCCCACUUUCGGUCAAGGUAUUCGUCACGGGCGCCGAAGAAUGGCGCUCCUUGCCGUCCUGGCCGCCAGCCACCGAAGAGCGCACCUUUUACCUCCACGGCGACAAGACGAUUGGCGCGCAGCCCCCGGCCGCCGACUCACCGCCUGCGUCUUUCACCUAUGACCCCCACAAUCCCACACCGACAGUGGGUGGACCCCGGAUAGCCCGCGGUGGACGGGUGGACGACAGUGUUUACGCAUCGAGGUCCGAUGUCCUUGUCUAUACGAGCGCACCACUGAAUGAGGAUGUGGAAGUAAUGGGCAAGCCCAUCGUGCAGCUCGCACACUCGACCGACGUCCCGUAUGCUGAUCUCUGGAUUCGCCUGAGUGAGGUCGACGCCGACGGCGUGUCACACAAUCUCACGGAGAAUUGGCAAGCGCUGGACGGGGUGGAGCGGCAGGGAGGCGAGUUUUCGCUCACGUUUGUGGAUCGGGCGCACGUAUUCAAGAAGAACACGUGCAUCAGAGUGAUAGUCGCUGGCGGCUCCUUUCCCCUGAUGGCGCGGAAUCCGGGGACGGGGGUGAUCCGAACUCAAGCGAAAGAACUGAAGGCCGUGACACAUACCGUCCAGCAUGGGAAUGGAAUCUCGAAGCUCACUCUGCCAUGCUCGCCUUGA